AUGGCGGUCAUCGGUUUUUUAUUGCAUCAGGAGGAGCACCAGCGGGCACUGAGAAGAGAAAGGGUGUUUCGUGAGAGACAAAAUUUGUUAGAAAUUCUUGACGAUGUCUCUUUGAUUGAAAGGUAUAGGUUACCAAGACAUUUAAUUGUUGAGAUUCUAAAUAUAAUAUCACCUACCAUAACACGCCAUACCAAGCGUUCGCAUGCAGUAAAUCCUACAACUCAGCUCCUAGUCACUUUAAGAUACUAUUCCAAAGGUGGAUUCCUUUCUGAAAUUGGGGAUUUGCAUGGUAUAAGCAGGUCCACAGCUAGUCGGUGCAUUACAGCGGUCACCAAUGAAAUAUAUGCUAAGUAUCAUGUUUCAAUAAAAUUCCCAUCGUCCAUUGCUGAAAUCCGAGAUGUGAAAGAAGGAUGCUAUAGAAUCGCCAGGAUGCCGAAUGUUGUUGGAGCGAUCGACGGCACACUCAUUCCAAUUCAGUCACCAUCAGUUGACGAACAUGUAUUUGUGUGCAGGAAAGGAUAUCACGCACUGAAUGUGCAAGCCAUAUGUACUUACAACAUGAAGUUCAUAAAUGUGAUCUGCAAGUGGCCAGGAUCUGUCCAUGACAGUUUUAUCCUGUCCAAUAGUGAAGUUGGAACAACUUUAGAAAAUGAGAUGGAUGGUUGGUUGCUCGGAGAUUCUGGAUACCCAUUAAGGCCAUGGCUUCUAACUCCAGUCACAACUCCUGCAUCAAGAAGUGAUGAGAUGUACAACAGAUCUCACAUGAAGACCCGGAACGUGGUUGAAAGAGCUUUUGGGAUGUUAAAGUCAAGAUUCAGGUGUCUACACAAGACGACUGGAUGUAUCAUGUUCGCGCCACCAAAGGCAUGCAAAGUUGUCUAUGUUUGA